GAAUCUGCAAUCCACAAUGGCGGACGAGCAAUCACUGACGAAUGAAGAAACAGGACAAUUCGACCCAGCAUCAUGGAAAGCGGUGUCUUUGACACACGUUGAGUACCCAAUAGGUAUAAUAUAAAAAUUCACUGCUUUUGGUAAUGUUAAUAAAUUUAUUUUGACUAUUAAAAUACAUCAUAUUAAAAUAUUGCAAACUUCAUUUUCAAUUUGACCAUGACCAAGAAUUAAAGUUACUUACUUACUACUUCUUUUGCUUUGGUCAUGUUUUUUUUAAAUUAAUUAUUAUUUUUUUUUUAAAUUGGUGCAUCCCACCCCACCAUCAUCCCAUCCAACAGUACAUUUUCUAGCUCCCAGAGUCAACAAUUAGCAAUAACAAAACACCGGAUGGGCAACACUUAGUUUUUAGCAAAAGUUAUGUUUAAAUUUAAAAAAAAACAACAAAUACACAAGACACAAGGUAAAUUAUUAGCUGUCCGCCCGGGCUUUCCCAUCAUGGCCGCCAUCUUGGUUGACAUGACACGAGAAGUCACGUGAAGUGUCAACCAAGAUGGCGGCCAAAAAUUAGUGCAAAACACUCAUGAAACCACUGCCCCCUCCCCCACUUUAAAUACCAAAAUCACAAACAAAGACAAAGGAAUUAUCUGUAGCCCACAUGGAAUUUACAUACUGUGGCAUGAAAGUGAACAAAAACCCCCCAAAAAUGGCCAAAAAUUUUUAAAAAACCAAAGAAAUAAUUAAAACCCCACUUACAUGAAUUACACUUUUACACACUUUAUUUCAUGUUCCAAAGAAAAUAAUAUGCACGAAUGAAUAGAGCGCAACAGCCGGCAUAGGGCUAACAUGUUGAAAAGAUGGUGGCACAAAUAAAAUAUGAUAAUUAGCCAACCAAUGAUAAUUUAAAAUUAUAAAUAAUCAACCAAUUAAAAUAAUACAAAACAUGUCAUCAGCACUUCCUCCAACAAUAAAUAAACAAAGGGGAAUGACUCCUGCACAAAAAUUAAAUAAACACGCAAUGAUGUCAUGGGAUGACAAUUAAGAAACAGCCAAAUACAAUAAUUAAACCAGCCUUUUUAAUAUAAGAAAUAAAAAAUAAUAAAUAAAAUUAAACUCACAUUCUAUGAUUAUGAUCUACAUUGUCUACAAAACAUGGAUGAUGGGGAUGGAGAUUGUAGAUAACUUCCUAGCCAUAAUUCAAGCCUAAGAAAGGCACAUUUCAAUUUUCGACCCAUGCCCAUUUUUUGGGUAACUUGUUGGAUCCUGUAAACUUUAGGAUACCUUCUCCCCUGAAUAUGUAUAUUCAAAUGCCAAAUAAAUACUAAAGAAAAUGAAUACCUUGGUCAGUAGUCUCCCUUGCUUUACUGAAGUGCCUAGAUUGCGUUUAGUUUAAUAGCUUAACCAGGUACUUUACUUAUACUUAAAGAAGUAAAUCUAAGACAGAACAGAAUUCCUGUAGUAAUGUCUCGUUGAGGCCAGUAAAAAAAAAAAGGCCUAAAUUCAGUUAAAAACAUGUAACAUACCUGCCAACCUGCACGGUUUACCAGUAAUUUUUACAGUUUUUAUAUGUUUGCCAAGUUGUAUGGCCCUUACAGUCUUUUGCUGGAUUUAGAAAAUAUAAAUAUAUAUUUUUGCACAAAAUACAAAUCAAGCCUGGGGGCGGGGGUGUAAUAAAUUCAACAUUGACAACAAGAACCUUAAAUCCUAUUUGCCUGUUCAACCAAAGUUGAAGAUCGGUAGGCCAUCUAAAUUUAGAAACGGCACAGUUUCAUUGAUAUUAUCAUUCAUUAAUAUACUAAGACAGUCUAGUACGGUAGUAAUUACUUGGAGACAUAAACCAUAAUUUCAAAUGUGUUUUGUAAUUCUUAAUAAGAACUGCAGUUUUAGUAAAAUUUUUUGUAAUAUAUAUUUAUAUUAAAUAAUUUAACAUAUUAAUGUUACUAUCAAUCAAAGAUUAGUAUUAUGAAAAAGUCAUUAUUCCUAUUUUUUACAACGGUAUGGCUUACACCCUCCGUUACUCUGAAAAAUAAGGCUAUAAGUUGAAGUUAAAUUUAACAACUUUGUCAAUAUGGAUGAAAUUUAUUUUACUCCAUACAAGAAACUGUAUUAACACGGCUAGCAUAAGUAACAAAAUAAUUAUGUCUAAUUAUAUCUAAUUUGCUGUUAAAUUCAUAAUCUUUCCAUUUUAAUAAAAUUGCUAUAGACGAGUGUAAAAAAAAAAUUGAAAUUUGAAAAAAAAUAAGACUUAUAACAAGCUAUUUAAAAUUCAAAUAUGUGAUGGGAAGACGAUUAAUUUUUUUAUUCAUCCAUUCAAAACAUUCAUAUAAAAGAUAAAAAAGUUUUAAAUUAUACUUUUUUGACUUAAAAUUCUUUUCUGUACAGUUUUUCAUACUGUUAUAAAGUUUUUUUUAAGACUUUUUUUUUUUUUAUCCCACGGGUUGGCAUGCAUGGUUAACAAAUAAAAAUUGGUUGAGACUUAUAAUACUUGACUUAAAGGUAAUGGGAAGGGUUAGACACUUGAUUUUUUUAUACUUUUAUAAAGUUUUUUUUAAAACUUUUUUUUUUUUUUAUCCCACGGGUUGGCAUGCAUGGUUAACAAAUAAAACUUGGUUGAGACAUCUAAUACUUGACUUAAAGGCUAUGGGAAGGGUUACACACUUGAGACAAUGUGUGAUAAAAUUGUUUUAUUAUUACAAGUACAAAUUUGAGAUGAUUGUGUGGUGGGGGAAAUGGGCCAAAAUAGUGUGACAUUAUUUAUAAGAUCUGAUAAGAUGAGAUACUUUUAUUGAUCCAAAUAAAUGAAAUUUUUUUUUUUUUUUUUUAUUCAUCUUACAUAUUUUUUCAGUCUUAUCCCCAGAAAAAGAGGACAUUUUUUACUUUUAAUGAGUUUCAUUGAAUUUAUUAUUUAGGCCUUUUAAUAAUCAGGGUUCCAACGCAGUUAGGGAAACAGGAAAUAGUAGCAAGUUCAUUAAAUAUUAUUUCUCGUCGGGAAAAUGAGUAUUCCUGUGAGGAAAUUUUCUGGCUAGACUGGAACUUUUUAACUUGCAAAAAUAAUUUAUUUAUUUUUAAAUUUAAAAAAAAAAAAAUCUAUUGCAGUUUUGAUAGUAAAAUCUACAAAUCUUGUUUAUUUUUAAAUAAUAAUUUUUUAUUUAUUAUUAUUAUUUUUUUCAUUUUAGGAAUAUGUUAUGUUAAUAUUUUUAUGUGCAGUGCAGUGAGCUCAGCCCUAGGCUAGGGCAGCACACUAUAUAAUAACACUGUAAUAAUAAUAAUAAUCACAUGAAAUCACUCAGAUAUUCUUUUUGCAGUCAUUAUCAAAUACUUUACUAACAAAAUAUUCAUAGAGUCGGAAAACAGGAAGCGGCACAUUAGAUUUUGUGUUGCAUAUAUUUUUUUGUUCAGCUUAGACUAAGGGGUUCUUUUCAUGCAGAGAGAUAGCUAUCAUCAAAUACUGUAAGAUUUAAAUUUUUUUUUCCCCCCCCCCCCCCGCAGGUGACUUGGUUGGUUUUAUCUUUGCUUGGUUUAGUCUGUUACCUUUCAUUUUGAUUGUCAGCUUCUCUACAUUAGUUAUCCUACGACGAGACCUGCACACUGUGAGUAUCGUUGUCUUGUCUUAUAUUAUUAUACACAUUUUUAUCUAUAUAAGGUGACCAUUUCGACCUUUCCUUGAAAGAUAAAAGAAUGACAUUGGUUUGGGGAUUGUACACGAUAAGGGCAAACCAAUAUAAUAAGCCAUCUCAUCUAGUAGGCCCAUAGUAUUAAUAAUUUGCUCAGAUGCUGCAGUUCCUCAAAUAGCAGAUAUUUUUUUAAUCUACUUCAGCAAUGUUUCACAGUUUUAGUGUGUCAUAAAAAGGUUGGGAACUGCUUCACUACAGGACUAUCCUAUGUCAGCGCAAAAUUUAAAUUCAGACAGCAGUUGAUUUUUGACAGGGUUACCAUUCAUAAAUCUAUACUUCCUUGUAAAUCCUUUCAGAAGUUUUAGAGGCAUAUUAUUGGAACAAAAAUUUUGAUUAGGUCAGCUGUCAACUUAUUAUUAAAUAUACUUAAAAUUCAUCCGCAUGGAGUCUAUAAUUUUUAAGCUUGUUAUUUCUAAAAUUUAAUGGUAGUCAUACAAAAAAUUGUUUUUUUAACUUAAAUUUUCUUGUAUUGAAAUGUUUUUUCAAUGAAAUAAAAAAACAACUUUGAUUUGAUUUUCUUAUUAUUCAUAGGUGGCAUUUUUUGCAGGCUUAUGCAUCAGUGAAGGCAUAAAUAUUAUUAUUAAACAUAUAGUUCGAGAGCCAAGGCCAGUUCGUGGUAAGAUAUGAUGACAAAGCUUUUUAUUAACAUUUUGCAGUUUAACCUCUUAUUUACCAUCAUACUAUUACAUAUGCAGAAUAGUUUUACUUCAACAGUUACCUUCUAAGUGUUGCGAAAACGUGAAAAAGGGGUUUUCCUUAUUCCCAUCUAAUUUUUUCGUGCAUACAACUCAUUGCCAGCUUUAUUGCUUUCUUUUUUUUUCGUCUAAUUUGUUUCAAAAUUAAAUAAUCUUUCCAGUUUUAAAAAUAAAUUAAUUUAUUUCCGCAAUGUGUCAUCAUAACAUGAUCUUGACCUUAGACCCUGUUUAGCAUGUUUUAAACUUUUAUCAGUGCUAAGUUUAUGAGUCCUGUGUUAAAAAUAUAAAGAUGAAAAAAAAAUGCAUUUAAUCUAAAAUCGUGUCUCCUAAAAUGGCAUUUGACAAGCAGGAGUUCAGAUUCAUCAAAGCCAUAAAAUUUUUAAAUUCCAUCUCAAAAACAUGCUGCAAUGAAAGGUUUGAUAAAUUAUUCAGUGAGAUUAUGAUUGAGAGUUAUUUAAAUACCAUUGAAUGUUUACAAUUCAACUUUCAGUAAUCCAUUGUUUUCUAUUUAUGAACAGGCCGUUCAAAUUUAUACACAGAGUAUGGCAUGCCAUCAAGUCACUCACAGUUCAUGUGGUUUUUCUCUUCAUAUUUUGCUCUGUUUUUAUUACUAAGGUAAAUUUUAUCCACUACAACUGUGUUAUUAUAAUAUUUUGAACAAUUUCAAAGUAUUCCUGCAUUAGAGAAGUAAUCUUCAGAAUUAUAUAUUCCCUAAAAUAAUGUUUUUGAAAAUGGACUGGUUAAUAAACAUGUGCUUCUUAUGCACCUUAUCAGAUGAAGACUUAAAUUGCAGUAAAUCAACUGCAGGUAUUUAAAUUUAUUUUUAAUAAAUUAAAUUACUCUUGCGCUUAAUACAGAUUUAUUUUAAUUGGACAGGUUAUACAAAAAUCAUUCAAUAAUAGAUGACCUGUGGAAAUAUGUGUGUGCUGGGCUAGGAGUUGUAUGUGCAAUUUUAGUAUCAUGGAGCAGGUAAAGCAUAUGUACUUCAUUAAACUAAACCUGACUCUCUUUGUUAUAUUACACAGGUUUUUUUUUUUCCCUGGAAGAAUUUAACCUCAAAGUAUUGGCUUGUUUAAAAAAGUAUUUUAAAUAUAAAUUCUGUUGUUAUUUUAAUAAGUUAUUAUUAUGUUACUAGUUAUAAUCCUCCAAACAAUGGCAGCAACAAUGUGUGACCAUGCCAACCAUUAAAGUUACUUGACAAAACUUGCAUUAAAUAUACUAAUAUUCUAAUAUCCUAUCCCCUUUUACAUAGCAGAUUUCUUGCACCAUAUUUAAAUUGAGACUUGUCGUAAAUGAAAAGAAAAUAUUAUGCACCAAACCCAUUUUAUUUUCCGCGCAACUAACUCACCAUUAUUCCACACUUUAUAUAUACUUAGAGAAUUAUUAGUUGUCGUUUUAAAAAAAUGACAUAUAAUAAUUUUUUUUUAAAUCUUCCUGUUCAAUUUAUUUCUUUUUUUUAGCUAUGAGAAAUCAACUUGUAUCACAAUAGGUGAAUCUAUUUAUGGCAGUAUUUAAAGAGUAAUGAGAUUUAAAAACGUAAUUUGUUUUUCAAUUGUAUUUCUUAGGGUAUAUCUAAGCUACCACACAAUCAGUCAAGUGCUACUUGGAGCAUUUAUAGGCAGUGUGUUAGGUGUGCUUUGGUUUGCAAAUGUCCAUUUUUUAUUAACACCUGUGUUCCCUAUCCUUGCAAGCAGGUAAGAAUUUCAGUGUUAUUUUUCUUAAUUUUUAAUUAUAAAAAAAAAAUGUUAAAAAGUGCUAAAGACGGAUCAAUGAGUAGGAAUAAUGUUUUGUUCUUUUGUCCCUCUUUAAACCUGUUGGUUUAAGAAAAAACUUAACCGGGCUGUAUUAUUUUCACAAUGUAAAUUUGUUUACCCUCUGAGAAAACGACCAUUUUCAAUUUCUAUCAUUAGCAAGCAGUUCAAUUUUUUUUUCUUCUCAAUAAUGUUACAGUUUUUAAAAAGCUGCUCUAUACACGUAUGAUUACAAUUGACUUUUUUUUUUCUUCCUUCUGCAGCCCUAUUGGAGAAUUCCUUAUGUUAAGAGAUUCGACAUUGAUACCUCAUGUUUUAUGGUUUGAAUACACUUGCUCCAGAUCAGAAGCACGGUAAAUCAAACACCAUAUGUAUUUGCAUGGCGUGCGCUCAUGAUAUUAGUUACAACUUUUAAAAAUGGGUUAUUAGAUAAUUUUAUAGUGGUUAAAACCAGCCUCUGUACAAUAUUAAAAUAAAAACACUUUGCAUUUGUAACAGCAUCAUCAGGGUUGAUAGUUGACAUUCAUUUCAAUAAGUGCUGCAUAGUCUAUAAUCUCAAUUCAGUUUUUUUAGACAUUAAUUUUAAUAAGUGCUGCAUAGUCUAUGACUCUAUGAUCUCAAUUCAGUUUUUUAGACAUUAAAUCUGUAGUCAAUUUUUAAAUAUUUUUUUUUAACUUCAAUUUUGAUAAGGAGAUUAAAAAGUAUAGGAACCACAUUCUUCAGCUGCUUCUUUAAAAUUACUAUUUAAAGAAUUGGACCAUGAUAUUAUGAUGAAAAAUUAUAAGAAUCAGUGGCGACUCAUCAGCCCUUAUUUAUGCCCUCCUCCUGCCAGAGCAGAUUGAAAUACAUCUAUUUUAGAAUGUCCCAUUUGCUUUGCAGAAGUCGUCAGAGGAAGAUGUCUUCAAGAAAAUCCCAAUGAUGGUACGCCAUAUGGAGGUGAUUACAUCCAUAUUUAGUAGGAAUGAUGCUAAAGCAAAAAUCUUCAACUAACAUUGCCUGUGAUAACAUUUCCGCCAUUUAUGGCCAGCGUAAUCAACUUCUCAAGCUGCUGUAUGUGUGCAAGCUAAUGUGCAUAAACAAAUGUUUAUAUAGAUUAUACAACACUUCCUUGCCUCGUUUCAUGCUUAACGGUACAAGGUGAUGUUGGUCUCUAGAAUAUUUUUAUUUGCAUUUAAAUGUUUAUUUUUUUAAUUUCGUGUGUAUUUUUUAAAAAAAGGAUUAUUCAAGACCCAAAUUUGAAGUUUUUAUUAUAAUAAUUGACAGACGGUCUAUAAUUAUUUUAUCAGCCUUGUAAUUGUUUACUAUAGAGUGUGAUAGAGCUACAGAUAGUUUUAUUAUGUAUUUUUCAUGAACUUUUAAUUCACAUUAUUUGACAUGGUUGAUCCCUAAAUUUAGUUUGUCCGUUAACAGUGCUCGUAAACGGCACUAUGGGACAGUAAAAAAUCCAUGCUGCAAUGAACUGAAUGAGCAGAUGUUCUAUAGUCUGCAUGAAGCAUACAGACAAUCCUAUAUUUUCUCACAGGGUUGCAGCAGUUUCAGCUAAUCAGGAAGUACCGCUCAAGAUUGUGUUUGUUGAACUGUGCAUUCUAGAUUAGUUAAUGUGUUUCACAUCAGAUUUUCGUAAAGGAAAAGAAAAUAAGAAUUACUCUCCCUGGAAUUAAAUGUGCUUACCUCAUAAAUUUGGUAAGAGAUCAUCAUGAUGUUUUAAGUGUUUCUUGAAAGUCCUGAGAGUUUUUUACCAUUGAAGAGUUUUGUAAAGGAGAGACUUCCAAUGAACCAGAAUAUCCUCCAUUACAGUUUAAGUUGAGUUAGGUUUAUUUAGGUGAAGCCUUUAUCAGAGUGGAACCAAUAUCUCGGCUAAAAUUGUUUCAUCCUGUCCUAAGCAACGCUUCUCUAUAUUUGUACCUUUUAAUAAGCGUUACCUUAUUCCAACACCUGUUACAAGUCAGACUUAUGAAAAGUUAAUUAUUUUAAUCUACCACUUGGACAUAAUUUUUUAAGAGGGUUAUGCUGCCUGUUAUUUGUUGCCAACAAUAAAAUUACGUACCUGUAUCUGAAAUCUUUUUGACACUGGAAGCCGAAUUGUCUGCCUCAGACUCUACCAACUUCAAAUCUUAACAAGAAACAAGUUCUUUUGUUAUUUUUGCAAAGAAGCCACAAAUGACAUUUAUUACUUGAUAAAUACUUCCCAAUUGUCACAUAUAAAUUUACUUCAAAACUUCUUUCUGAAGGGCCAGUUCAGUUAGUCUUAGAAGAUAACAUGUAUAAAAUUGUGAAAGUAUUAAGUUUCCAUUGCAAAACUGGCCGUGAUGUCAAACAUACUUCUUGAUCACCAUUGAGAAAUGAAGGUAAUUUAAAAAUUAUGGUUUUUAGUACGUUUAUUUUGUUAUUUUCCCCAUUCGUUUCUUGACAGUUGUGAUCAUUUUUAAAAAAAUAAUAUUAAAUUGUAUAUUAAAAUAACUCUUCCCUUGGCAAUAAUCUUAAUUGAAUUUUUGCUGUUUCUUUUAUCUACCCCUAUUUUACAAAACAUCCAUAUUUUAUAUUAUAUUCCACACAUAUGUUCCUAUUCUAGAACUUAAUGUGUCUAUGUUUGUGAAAAUUGUGUCUGUUUUCAACUUGUUAUGAUAAUUGGAAGGGUCUGAUUUAUCACAUUUAUUAGAAUAAAAAAUAUAUCUCAAUGUUUAGCUAUUUUCUUGUGGUAUAACCAUACUUAAAACUUUGAUUUUUUUCAAUAGUUGUGGAAAUACUCAGAUAUGAAUAACUAAUUGUAUGAAAUCCCUCCAUUCCAUAUUUGAGAGAGUAGAAAAUUAAUUUUUUUAAUUAAUCAUAGGAUUCAAAUGAUGAGAAAUUUCUUGGCUCUAUAGUUCAAAAUAAUUGACAAACAUUUGAAACUGCCUUAAUUUGAAUUCUUGAAAAUUGUUAGAUUCUAUUAAAAUACAAAAAAAGAGCCGUUUCCAUUGUCAUGAUUAGAGAAAACUUUCUUAGACAUUUUCAUUUCUAAUUCCUUAUUCACAAGAUUUUAUAACAUGAUCUGUUUUGGGGAGCUAAGAACUUCUUUUUAGAAUUCCAGUGUGCAUGUUUUAUAUAGAACACCAUCAUACAUCUUGAAAAGUGUGUGGAUUAGAGCUAGAAGUCUUUGACCUGAAUAUCUUGUGUGAUCUCAGUAGUAAAAAUUGGUCUAGAUUUUUUGGGGGUUAAUUUGACCUGUGAUGUUGUUUCUAAGAUCUCUUUUUUUAUUUGAUUCUUUGAAUUUCUAUGUCUUAUUUACUUUCCUUCUGUGUGCUACACCGGUAAUUCUUGAUGCCUGAAACUUCCUCGAGGUGCUAUUUAAAAGCAGGUGUAUAUACUAUAACUAUAACUCUUUUGUGUGAAAAUCUAUGGCUAGCUGAGGAGCAUAACUUGUUUAUGAUAACUCUUUCUAAAAGGGGGACUCAACAUUUGCCCGAUUUAAUAAACUGAACCUUAAUGACCUUCUGGUGUUUGAAUAAAUAGAAUUGUUGAGCUUCAUGUGACCGAAGGAGCCCUCUCCUUUAUCUCCAUUGGUAACAAAAACCAGCUAACCAUAAUGUAAAGUUACUGCAAUGUAACCCAUGUUACAUAUCAAUGCAUAUGAUAUUUACAUCUGUUCGGUGCACCAUUCUGGCAAGCAAGUUUACAAAUGUUAAGUAUCAGAUGACAAUGAAAUCAAUAAUUUUCAGGCCUCACCAUCCUCAUUACUCUGUAUCUCUUAUGUGAAACCUGUUGUUUCUCCGUGUAACAUUGUCUCACCUGCAGUUUUUUUUCCUCCGGUUUUUAAUAACUAGCCUGGGCUAAAUCUAGGCCAUGUGUUGUUGGUGAUCUCCAAACAUCUGUUUUUUUCUCACAUUCUUCCUUACAAUACCCCUCACCACCAUUUUUAAGUGAAAUUUUAUUGUACUAACUGUACCUUAACAUUUUGGACCUAUUUGGACCACAUUGCACACCCUCAGGGGGUUACAGCACUCAUUGGGAAGACUGAUGUUUUAAAUUUAAAGUAUUGUCAUUUUAAAACUCUAUCUUAUCAUUGUGAACUAUGUAUUAAUCCAACAUCGAUUCUUUCCUUUUUAAGAAGUGUUUAUUAUCAUAAUUUUGUGACAAAUUCUGUGGCCGAGCUAACAUUUUAAAAAAAAAAGAUUUUUCAUUUCUAAAUCCCUUGGGCUGCAUAUUGAGUUGGUCGCAUCAGUUCUUAAUUGUUCCUCUUUUAAUUGUCAUCUACUAGAUCCUAUAUAUCCAUGUCUCUUGUUGUCAUUUAAAAUUUUACCAGCUAUGAGAUAAUAUUAUAAUUAUUUGAUGCAUUCAUUCAUUCAAAUUUUUAAAGAUACUUAUUUUAAAUAUAAUAUUUAUAUGUAUCAUGUUAGUCUUUCCUGUAGAUCUGUGCACUCUGUUUUUUUCUAAACAGUCUUACAGGGGUCCUUGGACCACAUUGCUGUAUGGAAUAAAUUUGGAUGACUGGAAUAGUUAUGCAGCUGUGUUAGAUGGCUUGACAUGAAUAAAUCUUAAUGUAUGUUGUUUUGGCGGAUGGGAAUCAUACCUGAAGAUAAUCACUUGAUUAAAACAGAGAUAUGCAUUAUGGUGUGUGUGCUCAUUUUUUAUUUUAAUUUAGUUUUAUUUUCAUCCCUGUGAUGCUGCAGCUCAUGUAGGGCUUUGGCCUGCCUCACAACUUUCUUCCACUCAGACCCAAGUCCUUGGUUUUAUUCCCUGUUAAAAAUUAGUGGUACCUGCAGGCAAAUAUGUUCAGGAAGAAACCAGUGUUUCAAUAAUGAAAUCAAUAUUUGACUGUAAUAGUAAUAAUGGGGAAAAGUUUGUGGCAUUGGCGAAAAAUUUAAAUAAACUGUCAUACAUGUGUGUCAAAUUUGGGAGACUGAUUCAAUUAUUUUUUACAAUUAUGGUAGUAGCACCGGAUGCUAUGAUUGGAGCUUAAAACUGUGCCCCCCAAAAAAUCAAAUAAAACCUGCAAAUCAAUGAAUGAUAGUUUUGACAUGUACACUAAGCAAGUCUGGAGAAGGGGAAACUAUGCUUAACUUAGGACAAAACAGAAGUCUUUGAAAUAAGGAUGCCUCCAAUAGACCCACACAAUUACACAUGCAUUAACAUAGUUUUGUAAAAAUGUUUAUCAUCAAGGAUUUGUUUGAGCUAAGUUGGUUAUUUUAACCAGGGCUGCAUUGAAGAAUUUUUCAAAACGCAAUAGAACAAAAAUAUCUUAAAGAAUGAUAUCACAAUUCAAAAUGUAUGUGUAAAUUAGUCUACACACAACAAAUUUUUAAACCCCCCCCCCCCUUCCAAACCACGCAAAUACACUGAUAAGAAAUUGUUGUUGAGCUUUCUGUGGGGGUUAUUUAUUUCUGAUUACCAGUAUAUAUUCGUACAAUUCAGUUAAAUCUGAUUUCAUUUUUACAAUCGG